AUGACCUCAGCCAGAACAGGGCCGUCAACCAUUGUCAAGCGAUCUGGACCUGCCUGCAAUGGCCAGCACUGUCAGAUGUCCGAAGGUCACUGCACUCUCAAGACCUGCGAAGAUCGCCUUCGCCUGCAGACGAAGCAGAUCGAGUCCAAGAUAGCCUCACUAGCCAAUGGCUUCGACGAGCACCUGAGAAUGCUUGAAAGACUCAAAGCAGAUAUCUACAAUACCUGCAAUACCGAAACCUUCUUAUCUCCAGAAAUGGAGGCCAUCAGACUAGACGUCACUCAGGCCAUGCGUAUGAAAGUCGAACCGGCUUUCUGCGUCCACUUCGCUGCCGGCCGGGUGCUUGGUGCCUGGCAGGUCAAGGUCAAAGCAGUGGAGAAGCGAAGUACUGCACUACAGCAGUAUAGACGUGCUUAUGAAACGGAGACACUUGCUCGUACUUCUUCCAGCUGUGGCGGGACGAAGUUCUUCACCCCUGUCGGUGCCACGAAGGCCAAAGGCGUCACAGCGCUGAGACUCGCGCCACAAGUACAGAGCUCAUACAACUACACAGCACUAGCGACCAACGACAUGGCAGCGAGACCAUUCAAGACAACGUGGUGUACCACGCCGAAGACUUUACGGGUGGUGAUCAAUGCUAGCGCGAAGACGAGCGAAGGAUAG